AUGACUACGCCGCCAUCCGGAUCAUCAUCAGGUUCCUCGUCCUACACAUCCGACGCAACCCUUAACGAAGUCCCCGAAGAAUAUCUCAUAACAUCAACUUCCUCCCUCCCUCCCCUCUCAACCAAAGCCUUUCCCUUCGCUUCUCAACGCCCAUCAUCCAGCAUGCCGACAAUCAAACCGCCCAACUUGUCCUGGAUUCCGCAGCAGCAGCAGCAACACUUUCCCCCUCAACCUACUCCUCCUCCUCCUCCAACAACAACAACAACCACCACCACCAAAGCCACACCCUCAGGUCCGUCCUCCUCCACCAAGCCCAGCCAAGCAUCCUCAUCAACAGCACACCUCCUCCACGAGCAGCGCCUCUCAACAUGCCUCAACAUCCUCCGCCACGUCCGACGAACCCUCCACCAGCGCCACGACGAAGCAACCACCCACCUCUCGCAGCUCUCCGCCCUCAUCGCCCAAUCCACAUGGGACCUCUUCCACCAGAGCCCCCUCGACUUUAUGUGCCACGAGAUGGACAUGCUCACCGACGACGCCACCACAACCGCAAUCCUGACGGACAAGUCCCCCGUGGGCAUCGGCAGCAGCAACAACAACAGUAGUAGUAACCAUCUUUCCACUUCGCAGCAGGACAGCGACGACUGGAUGAGGAAACUCGACAAGUUGCGCGACAUGAGAGACGACGAGGACGAGAUCAGACAGAGGGUCGGCAAGAUAUCGCGGCAGAUGGAGACGGCGAAUGCCAUGAUGCGCGUGGGCAUGGCGGAGCAGAGCGCCGUGCUGGCGAGGAGCGAUGAUGCCCUGGUGAGGAAGGGGUGUCAUCAGCAGUAUCGGUAUCGGUAUGAGAGUGCUUUCGGUCAGCUGCCGACGAUGCGUGUGCCUGUAGCCCUGGCUUCGUCUUUUCGAAACGCAGACGUGAAGAUGACGGUCGGUGCGAGCACCAAGAAGAAGGCGGCGGCGAUGGCUCCGGUUGUGAAGAGUAGCUUCUUCAAUUGGCCUGUGCCGGCGACUUCGUCAAAGGGGAAGCAAGUGGCUGUUGAGCCGGAGGAGGAAGAGAGCAGCGGUACCAGCAGCGGAUUGGAUUCCCCGAGGGAGUGCCAGGGGGAGUGCUGUCGCCAUCUGACUUCUUGA